AUGGACUAUGUUUCUUCAAUGUUUCCAUUUGAACAGAUGGAUGAGCUUGAGCUGUUCCUGAAUGCUUCUAUUCUUCCACCAAAAAAUACAAUCAAACAAGAUAAAUUUCUGAAUGCUUCUUCACUGCAAAAUUCUGAUCUCACCAAAAAGCCAGAUUAUACCAGAAGGCGAAAGUCAUUCGACACUGUUGAUGAUAUAGAUGAUGAAUUCAAUGACCAUAUGCAGAAGAAGAAGAUCAAACAUAGAGACAUCGAAAGACAGAGAAGGAAAGAAAUGACUGGCCAUUACCGGGCACUAGGAUCAUUAAUCCCUCCGGUAUAUCUCGAGGGAAAGAGGUCUGUAUCUGAUCAUAUGAAUGCGGCUGUAAGCUAUAUAAAGCAUAGACAGAAGAGGAUAGAAGAGCUGAAUCAAAAGAGAGAUGAAUUAAAAGAGGAGUUGAAUCCAAACACUCCCAAAAUUACUUGUGAAGGAUCACAAGUUUGUCGGCGAGACUGCGUGACAGUAAACACUUGUAGGGCAGGAAUGGAGGCUGUUGUGAACACUGCCAUGAGAGGAGGGUUGCCUCUUUCAAGGGUACUCAGUGUCCUAAUGGAAGAAGGGCUGACCACUGUUUCAUGCAUUUCAACUAAAGUAAAUGAAAGAUUGAUUCACACUAUUGAAUCGGAGGUAGAGGAGGAGAAGAGCAUCAAUCCAAGUGAGCUGCAACAAAAACUUACAGACUUAGCAACCUAG